GAAGUUAAAACCCCGCGUGGCUGAAGAGCAGCUCACAGUUCCCAGCGUCUGCUCCUGCGGUGUCCAGCGCCCAGAAUGCGGCUUCUGGUCCUGCUAUGGGGUUGCCUGGUGCUCCCAGGUUAUGAAGCCCUGAAGGGCCCAAAGGAAAUCAGCGGGUUCGAAGGGGACACUGUGUCCCUGAAGUGCACCUACGGGGAAGAGCUGAGGGACCACCGGAAGUACUGGUGCAGGGAAGUCGGCCUCUUCAUCUCCCGCUGCGCCGGCACCAUCUAUUCGGGAGAAGAAGGCCAGGAGAUAACGGAGGGCAGGGUGUCCAUCCGUGACAGCCGCCAGGAGCUCUCAUUCACUGUGACCCUGCAGGACCUCACCCUGAAAGACGCUGGGAAGUACUGGUGUGGGGUCAAAAAACUGGGCGUUGAUGAGUUUAUACCGAUCACUCUGACCAUCUUUGCAGCUUCUCCUGGGCUCUACCCGGCAGUAACCACAGCCAAGCAGGGGAAGACAGUGGCCAAGACCACUCCAUUCCCAGGGACCUCCCGAUACGGACACAAAAGAAACUCACAGUGCACAGGGACCUCUCCUCACACAGCGACCUCUCCUCCUUCAGGGAGCUCCCGCCCCAUCAUGUACCUGGACUCCACCUCAGCUGAGGACGCCAGUCCUGCUCUCAGCAGUGGCAGCUCUAAGCCCAGGUUGUCCAUCCCAUUGGUCCGCAUUCUGGCCCCAGUCCUGGUGCUGCUGAGCCUUCUGGGGGCCGCAGGCCUAAUCACCUUCAGCAGCCAUCUGCUCCGGUGGAGAAAGGAAGCUCAACUGGCCACAGAGACACAGAGGAAUGAGAAGGUCUACCUCUCACACUUGCCGCUGGGGAAUUGCCAGGACCCAGAGGACGCCAGGAUCAGCCUUGCAGGGCCCAUGGGGCCUCUCGCCAUCCCCGAGCCUUCUGCCAGCCUCUACACAGAGAUCCAGUAUCUAAGCCAGACCACAGAGAAAGAGGAAGCUUCUUCCCAGGCCCCCGAGUGGGAUGUGGUAUCGCCUCCCCUCCACACGUCUGAGGAGCCGGGCUUCUCAAGGUUUGUCUCAGCGUAAGGCAGGAGGCCCUCCUGGGUGAAGGCCGGCCAUGAAGCAAGGUGGCUGGAUCUGCACCGACUCCCGAAAGCUUUUCACCUCAUCCUCAGAGUCCAGCUGCCCAGACUCCAGGCUCUCCCCACCUUCCCCAGGCGCUCCUCCCGCAUGUUCCAGCCAGACCUCCAAGUGUUUGUCAGCCCUGGAGCCCGGAGUGGCGGCCUUGCCCUUCCAGCUGGAGACUGGGACAUCCCUGAUAUGUUCCCGCCCCUGGCCAGGUCAACCGGCUGAAGACCCUCGGCAGGACCACGCAAGGCUCAGAGGAUCUGGUCUGAGUUUCUGUCUGCUCCAGGAACUCCCCUGGGCCUCAUGCCCAGCAUCAGACCCUGCCUUCCUCCUGCUGCAGACCCCACUUUCUCCUCUCUCCCUGGCAUCCUCAGACUCAGUCCCAUGGGUUCCUGCAUCAGCUGGUGAUAAGGAGGAGCAGGCUGGGGUGAGACUGGGAUUAGAGCUUCUCUGUGAACCACCUGCACCCCAGCCCUUCAGGAAGCUUGUGAAAAAUGUGAUUCUUGCGCCCCACCAAGACUCACCAAAACCAUCUCUGGGGCUUGGCACAGGACUCUGAAUUUCUAACAGUGCCCAGUGAUUGUUGCACUUGAGUUUGAGGGCCAGUGGGCCUGAUGAAUGCUCAGACCCCUCUAGCUUACAGUCUGUAUUUGGGGUGUGGUGUCUCCCACCUGCCCCCAUAAGAUCUGCUCUGUCCACAACACCAUGACCCAGCUGGGGACUUCCCUCAGGUCUGCCUAAGUCCAGGCUCAAGUCAGGUCAGGCGCACAUUGGAAGGGUAAGACCAGGACUGGCAGAGAGAGCUUGCCUUUCCAUUCUCCCUCCCCGGCCAUGCCUUCUUGCCUUUGGAAAAAUGAUAGAAAACUUUGGCUCCUUCCUUGUCUAGAAAGGGUUACUUGCCUAUGGGUUCUGGUGGCUAGAAAGAAGAGUAGGCAACAGAGUGCAUGUGGGUGUCUAAAACAGAGGGGAGUAGGAACAGGGCAGAUAGCUGAAGGUGACUGAGUCCAGCCAGUCCCCUAGAGAAGGGGCUGGGAGUGGGGUAAAGUAGUACUACUACUAUUUUUCUUUUCUUUCUCUCUCUCGAUUUUUUUUUUGUAACCAAUACAGUGAAUAAGCAGGACCCAGGGAAGUUAAUAGAAGGAAACUUUAUUUUUGGGUCCUACUGUGGCUUUACAAUCUGUCUGGUGGAAGAAAUUCCUUCCCUACCCCUGGAAGAUUUUUUCUUUCUUUUUUUUUUUUUUUUUUUGAAGAAAGAGAAAGAAAAAGAGGGAAAAAGAGGAAAAAAAAGAGGGAAAAAGAAAUAUUACUUCAUUCCUAAAAUGGGUAUCAAUAAUGGCCGAUCAAUAUUUUGUGUGUUUAAAGUGGAUAAUGUAUAUUUUGUGUGUUUAAAAUGGAGAGCUCUAUUGAUUUUAUUUGUUCUGGAUCUUAGUUCCAGUCCCGGAUAUCAUUAUCAAUUUUCUGUCUCGUUGAAUCUAAAUCUCAUUAUGGGUCUUAUGUAUCUGGGUGUUAAGAUCUCUUAUUAUUACAUUAAUCCUUUUACCCUUGUAUCCUUGUAGCUUUGAAAUCUAUUUUAUUAAUUGUGAGAAUUGCAACUCCUGCUUUUUUUUAUUUAUUUUUGCUCUCCGUUUAAUUGGUAAGUUUUUUUCCAACCCUUUAUUUUGAGUCUUUGUAUAUCUUUAGAUAUGCCGUUAGAUUUUGUCUGUAUCUUUUGAUUGGGGGAUUUAGUUGAUUUAAAUUUAGGGUUACUGCCAUUUGAUAUUAACUGGCUAUUUUAUCCUUUCGUUGAUGUAAAUUCUUCUUUAUGUUAAUACUCUUUACUUUUUGGUGCAUUUUUAGAAAGGGUCAUACUGGUUGUUCCUUUCUGUGUAUAAUGCUUCUUUUAGAAGUUCUUGUAAAGCAGGCCUGGUGAUAAUAAAAUCUCUGAGUACUUGCUUGUUCCUAAAAGAUUUUAUUUUUCCUUCAAUUGUAAAGCUUAAAUUGGUAGGAUAUGAAAUUCUGGGCUGAAAGUUCUGUUCUUUAAGUAUAUUGAAUAUUGGCCCCCACUCUCUUCUAGCUUGUAGGGUUUCCGUUGAGAGAUCUGCUGUAAGCCUAAUAGGCUUACCUUUAUGGGUAACUUGAUCUUUCCCUCUGGCUGCCCUUAAUAUUUUCUCCUUUGUUUCAAUCUUGGUGAAUCUAACGAUUAUGUGCCUUGGGGUUGGGGUCUUCUUGAGGAAUAUCUUUGUGUUGUUCUCUGUAUUGCCUGGGGUUGAAUAGUGUCCUGCUUUGCUAAAUUAGGAAAAUUUUCCUGGAUAAUAUCCUGAAGAAUAUUUUCCAGCUUGAAUUCAUUCUCUCCGUCACAUUCAGGUACACCAAUCAAACGUAUAUUAGGUCUUUUCACAUAGUCCCAUAUUUCUUGGAGACUUUGCUCAUUCCUUUUUAUCCUUUUUUCUCUAUUCUUGUCUUGUAGUUUUAUUUCAUUGAGUUGGUCUUCGACCUCUGAUAUCCUUUCUUCUGCUUGCUCCAUUCAGCUGUUUAAGCUUGUACAUAUUUCACUAAGUUCUCGUGUUGUAUUUUUCAAUUCCAUAAGUUCAUUUGUAUUCCUCUCUAUAUUGUCUAUUCUUUUCAUCAUUUCAUCGAACCUUUUUUCCAAGUUCUUAGUUUCUUUACAUUGGGUUAGAACAAGUUCCUUUAACUCCCAGAAGUUUCUCAUCAUCCACCUUUUAAAGCCUACUUCAGAUAAUGGAACACAGUCCUUUUCCAUCAGGACUUGUUCUGCUGCUGAUGAAUCCUUUUCCAUCAGGGCUUGUUCGGUUGCUGAUGAGUCCUUUUCCAUCAGGGCUUGUUCCGUUGCUGAUGGGUUCUGAUUUUGAGUAUACUUGGCCUUCUUAGGCUAUUCUUUCCCCUUCAUUGUAGAUGAACCGCCUUUCUAAUUAGGUUUCUGAGUCGACUUCCGAUUUAUUGAUUUCCAGUGCUGGGAUCCGAGCAACCCACUGUGGCGGCCUAAAUAGCAGCGAUAAGACUGAUGGUGCUCUUCUGCCCGGGAAUCUCUGGUCUGGCUUCCCUCUUGAGUCCCCAACAAGCGGCUCUGACUUCCCGGAGCUCCAAACUCCGGUCAGUAGGGGAAGCGGUCCCGUUUGCUCUGCAUGAAGAGCUGCUGCGCCAAGGCGCCGGCAAAACCGCUGCGGCGGCCACAAGAGUUGCGCUGGCGACCCGUGGGGCUCCUCCACUGGGAAUCGGCUGAUCCGUGAGUGACGAAAAUUCGUCUAAAAGUGUGGCGUCGUCUCGUUCUCUGAGCUUUCACUGGGAGCUACAAUCCUGAGCUGUUAGUGAACGGCCAUCUUGGAUCGGUCUCCUCUUUUUUUUUUUUUUUUUUUUUUUUUAAUGAAACAGAAUCUUGCUCUGUUGCCCAGGCUGGAGUGCAGUGGGGCAAUCUUGCUCACUGCAACCUCUGCCUCCCAGGUUCAAGUGAUUCUUCUGCCUCAGCCUCCUGAGCAGCUGGGGUUACAGGUGCACAUCACCACACCCAGCUAAUUUUUGUAUUUUUAGAAGAGACAGAGUUUCACCAUGUUGGCCAGGCUGGUCUCAAACUCCUGACCUCAAAUGAUCCUCCUGCCUCAGUCUCCCAAAUUGCCGGGAUUACAGGCGUGAGCCACUGCACCUGGCCCUAUUUCCUUCAAAAAGUGAAAUGAGGAGUUGUUCAGCAUGCAAAACUCGUAAAGAUGGAGACAAAAAAAGAAAAGGAAGAAAAAAAUGUCACCCAUAGCCUCACCAGAGACAAGCAUGAUUUCAUUUUGUUAUAUUUCCUUCCACUCUUUUCUUCUCCACAUGAUUUGCUAGUGUUCUUUUUACAGAGCAAUUAUCUUGUACAUACCACUUCAUAUCCUGCCUUCCCCACUUUAUUAUUCCAUCACUUUAUUCCAGCACUUCUCUGUUUUACAACCCUUUUAUAAAUAAAACAUUUGUCAGCUGCAUAUUCCAUUCUA